ACAGGAAGUGAUGGACUGUUAUGUAGUGUGAGCGUUUGGAAGGUGCUUCUUCAAACUUCCCUAUUUCACAAACAUGUCUGACUUACAGGUGGCUGCGUUAUUGAUAGCGUUGCUAUAUUAUGGCAAUGCUCAAACGUCUACUGUCUCUGUGAACACCACCAUCCUGGGUUCAGAGCUGAGCGCAGACGGCUUGAAGCAACUCGCUGCGGCAGUGGCGCCCCAGUCGCCCGUGUUUCACCCCAGCCGCGGUUCCUACUUUUCUCUCAAUCUGUUGUCGGCGUUUCCAGAAGAUCUGGAGGUCAGCGAUUACUGCGUCGAGCUGCUGACUAUCUUUGGGCAGCGAUAUUCAACGUAUGUGAAUUGUUUGGUUUCCGCCGCGCGUCCUGUCAAAGUGUGCCAAAAUUGUUAUGGCACCUACGGCAACCUUAUGGAAAUCUACACAAACAUAUCAUCAGACCAGAUGGGCCCAGGGAAUGUGAGCUGCAGAGACAGCCUCCUGCGUUCUGAUAGGCUGAUGUUGGUGUUCCUGCUCUACAACAACCUGGAGGACAUCUGGACUAGUUCAGAAUGUAACAGUUGUGUAAGCCCGGGACUCCACAGCCUGACCAAUGACACCCUUUACUUCAUGGCCACUCUCAACCAGUCCCUCAGCUGCUUUGAGAAGUUCCAACAGCAGGGGAACCACUCAGCGCUAUGUAAGGAGUGCAAGGCCACAUACAGAGGACUGAAUGAGCUGUACAGCCGCAUGGAGAAGAAUCGCACACUCUGCAUCGACAUCGAGGACUCAAUGAAUAUCACCCGCAGACUGUGGAGCAAGAAUUUCAAUUGUUCCUUCCCCCGGGCGGAGAAUGUUCCUGUCAUCACCGUGUCCAGCUUCAUGCUCUUUCUGCCCAUCAUCUUCUACUUGAGCAGUUUCCUUCACUCGGAACAAAAGAAACGCAAGCUCAUACACCCCAAACGAGCCAAGUCCAACACCAGCCUCGUGAACAUCCAGGACAGGUUAAGCUGAGGAGAGAGGGAUGAGGAAGAAAGAGUGUGAUGACGAAGAAAUUGAGGAAGAAUGUUUGUGGUCCUCGCCCCCCUGUUUCUUUGGUUUGUCCAAAACCUCUCCUGGACGCAAAUGUGACAUGUAAUUUCCUCUGUGACAGUGGUUUCAACCAGUUCUGUAAUAACAGAGGAGUCAAAAAGUGCUCCCCCUGUGAGCGAGAAGGAUGCCAAUCAUCAGUAUUGAGUUUUUUUUCCUAAGAUAUUAUAGCAAACGGAAACAACGGAAGAUUUGUAACUGAAGAUGAGUUGUAAUUGCACUGUUCAUGUCCCACUUUGAACCGCCUGCCCCCACCCAUUGCUUCCACAACGAAAGACACACCAUGGAGAUGCAGCAUAACUCCUGCUGAUUUAUCAGCAAUGGGGAGUUGAAGUAUAUUUUUUUGUAUAUUUUUAUUUAUCUUUGUGUGAAGAGAUGAGAAAUGGGUUUUGUGUCUACUGUAACGCCACUGUGACACAGAUCGGGCAGGCAGAUGGACAGACAGAAAGCACUUGAUGUCCAUUAGUUGUGACAUAUACCUGCCUUGUAAAAGUGGAUGACUGCUGAGAUGAAGAAAUUGAUAUUAUUUUAUACUAAUACAAUUGCUCAGAGAAAAUGAGUUUAACAAGUGA